GGGUACGUGGUACGUGCAAGUUUCUGGGCGGCACUGGCGCCUCGUUGACGGCGACCGCCGGUAGGAGGUACUUUUUUUUGUUGCAAGGAGGCACUUCAUCUCUACUACACCUUAAGAGUGGUACGAGGGCGUCCACAGCAUCGCCAUGCCCCCGUCGCCCCACCCCCGCGCGCGUCUUCCUCCGGCAUGCGCCAGCCCCCCCGAGCUCGCCCGCGCACCAAUCUCGCCGUCGGGUAUCCCGCCCGCGAGCCCGCGCACCAAGCUCCUUCCCCGCGACAAGCUCCCUCCCCCGCGACGCGUCUUCCUCCUCGCCCUAGAUCGCCGCCCCAGCUCUCUCCUCACCCCGCAAUCCCCGCCGCCCAUGCUCCGCUCUCUACUCGCCCCAGAUCGUCGCCCCUGUUCGCGUGGAUUGGGUACCGGUCCCAACUAUCUCCAUGGAUUGCGCGUCCGCGACAACCCAAUCUCCUCCCGGUCUCCAUGGAAGGCGCGUCCUCCCCCCGUGAUUCUCGAUUCCCCGCGUCCGCGCCCCAGAUCCACUCUCCUCUCUCCCACAAUCCCCACGGACUCUGCCCCGUAUCACCACCCCGGCUCCUUAGAACGUGAUCCACUCUCCUCUCUCCUGCAAUCCCCGCUACCUCAACCCAGAUCGCCGCCCUCGCUCUCGAUCCUCGCCCACGCUCUCCAUGGAAGGCGAGGCCGCGAUGCUCGCGUGGAUCUAUGUAGAGGCUGCGACGCUCUCCCAGGAAGACUACUGCCAGUGCUCCGUGCUCCAUGCGCCGCGCUGGAACGCCACCGUGCGGUCCAUGUCCUCGUAGUAUCGCCCAGACUCGCCCAUGUAGUCCCACCUGCAUCCACCGACCACCAAGCACACUCUCACUGCAGACCAGAGAGGAUUGCCACGAAUAGGUGUGUGCAGUUCUACUCUACCCCUGCAUCGAGCCGGUGUGCGUCCACCAGAGGCCGGAGUUGAAGGAGAGCACGUCGGCGUCGCGCCAUGACUCGGCGUUCUCGUAGAUGUCGUCCAGCAUCAGCACCUGCUUCCCCUGGACCACGUCGAUGUCCACCAGGUACGGCGCGCGGUAGAAGGAUACCGUCACCUGGUACUCCUGGUCGAUCAACCAACGUAUUUAGAUUAGAUUAGAUUAGGCCCAAUCUCUUCGGCCAAGCAGCCUAGCUGGUACAUGUGUUUACAUGACAUACCAGGAACUUGUACGUGUACAAAGGGUCCACGGAGACGAGCUGCGUCGGCGACUGCAGCGCGGCGGCGUGCAGCAGGCAGACGAGCGACUCCCACUGGUUGCGCCCCAGCGAGUCGCCCACGAACAUCACCGUCUUCCCCUUCAUCCGUGUCAGGAAGACCGUGGCACAACGCCUGAUGUCACGUUGUCCCAGCGGCGCCGCGGCCGGCGUCACGCCACGCGGAUGGUCACCCACGCCACGUCCCUAGACCGGUGUGGUACGCCGGCGCCCACAGCGUCGAUGAGGAGGAGGUCGGAGCAGCAGUAGCUGUCAUGGGCAGUGCCGCAGAUGUGGAGCAGUCGAAUGAGAGGCUAGACGGGCUGGAGCACCACAGCAGGCUGGUGUCGCUGUUGGCCGGUAGCCGCUCCUCCCCCACCGGCACCGAGAGGGACUUGUGACCCAAGGAUCUGUUCCCGGGGGAUGUGGUGUUUGCGCUCGUCGAUGAUCUCAGGCUCAACCACUCCAAGGACCCAUAGGCCAUGGGGUUAUGCAAUCCAAAGGUCUCCAUCGCCAAUUUCAUUUUGUAGACAAAUAAGUUAGCUCUUCUGAUGGCAUACCAUUUAUAGAUUGCCAACGAUCUGAAGGCAUAUAUGAAGGCUUGUUAUCUCUUCUGUGUUUAAUUGAUCAGUGACUUUGAUUUGGACCUGGUUAUCAGCUUGUUAUUUCUAUCUGAAUUUUCUCGCUUUAUUUGUACUACACUCGUGCUAAUUAUGUGAGAAUGAUUUGUGUCACUAUGGUGUUCAUCUGUUAUUUUAUACUAUUAUAUGUAUUCAUCUGUCAUGUUGUUGAACUCCUGUUAUCAAUUGCAGAAGGAAAUUCCUGCUUGAGCCAAUUACAGAAGGCCCUGAUAUUUGUCAAAUUGAUGGUUGUAGUGUUAAAUUGGAAUACAAGAGGAGGCAAGUCAAAUAUGGUUUGUGUGACAGCACGUUACUAACUUACUCUACUAUAUCUGCAUGAGAAAGGAUGAACCCUGUUUGCAUGUAUACUAAUUAAUCUACGGAUUCAUUAAUGUGUGAAUAAGAUUUUAUUUAAUUAUGACAGCAAACGUGACAUGCCAUUACAAUUUCGUUUAUGCAAAAAAGUAAGUUGCUUAUAGUUUAGCCUUUGGUUUCAAUUUGCACUUUAUAGAAUUAUACUGGCAGAGCUCCUGACGGAGCACCUGACGGAGCUCGCCACAGGUACCAAACGGCGCAGCAGCAGUUGAUGUGCAACCCGAGUGUACUGCCGCUCGAGGAGGCCAGUAAGUGCCAACAACAUGAAUAGCCAAAGCAGGGAAAUAGGGCUGGCGGGGGCACAUGGGUAACUUGGUCCUGGAGCAUUGGAGAAGGAGCAUACCACAAGGAAACCAACACGCUUCUUACUCUAGCAGAGUUCCUUGCUUCCUGAAGGCCUCAUAGCUCAGAUUACUGGGUUAACGAACAACUCAUACUUUGAUGGAGCACAUGAGGUUCGACAUUAUGUCAGGAAGCAUUCGAAUCUUGGUCGUAUUGUGCUUGAAGUUGCUAAGGACUCGCAAAUCCCCCGCCAAGCAAACUGCUAGAAAUCUUUUCAGAGGUGGAGAUGAUGAAGAUGAUAGUGCUGAUGCCGACACAAAUGAUCCUGUUGUACCUUGGUCAUUAGGUAGAGUAGGAGUUGGGCAUAUGGUGUACAUCUCCGGUUUGACUUGUGCCUUGAGUUCAACAAAUAUGAAAGUGCUGAGAGAGGUGGCAUCUAGAGGACGUCAUGUCGAACGUGUGAAGAAUUUUUUUAGAAAUAUGUAUAUUUGUGCGAAACUUUUUAGAAACUUGACUCCAUUUUAUUUUCUAUGUUACUCUCGGCUUUGUUUCCUAUCCUUUCCAAUGACUUGCUAUGCAUUUGCACUGUAUUUGGCAUGUUUAAAACUGCUACACAAAACUUGCUAUAUAUUUUGUCCAAAAAUACUAUAUCCUUGUUAUGAUUGAUUGAUCUUUAUUU